AUGACUCAGAUCUACCAGCAUAUCCUGGCCUUGACAUUUGCCAUAAAGGAGAUAAAUGACAAUCCCAUGAUUUUAUGCAAUGUCACUGUAGGCUUCAAUAUCUACAAUAGCCAUUUCAGUCCAAGUUGGACCUAUCGUGCUUCACUGGAACUCUUCUCGACCAAGGGCAGAUUUGUCCCGAACUACAAGUGUGACAUCCAAAGUAAUCCCGUAGCAGUCAUCGGAGGACCCAACUCUGAAGUCUGCCUCCACAUGGCAACCAUCCUGUGCAUCAACAAGAUUCCACAGCUCAACCAGUUCAUAAGAAGCAUCACAUUCAAUAACAGUGCUGGGGAACAAGUAUCCUUCAACCAAAAUGGAGAGUUAAAGGCUGGAUUGGAUGUUAUAAACUGGCUCAUGUUCCCAAACCAGUCCUUUCUUAGAGCAAAAGUUGGACGGAUAGAGGCUACGGUUUCCCAAGGCUCUAUGUUCACCAUUGUUGAGGAAGCCAUUGUGUGGUCAAGCAGGUUUAACCAGGCACAGCCCCUUUCUCUCUGCAAUGCCCACUGCCAAUCAGGUCACACUAGAACCAAGGAGGAAGGGAAGCCAUUUUGCUGCUAUGAUUGCCUUCCAUGUCCAGUAGGAAAAAUUUCAAACCAGACAGAUAUGGACGACUGCUUUCUAUGUCCACAAGACCACUAUCCAAACACAGAACAAAAUUCGUGCAUUCCAAAAGUGACCAUUUUCUUGUCUUAUGGAGAACCUUUGGGGAUCACUUUGGCCAGUUCUGCUCUUUGCUUUUCUUCCAUCACAGCUUUGGUGCUUGGCAUCUUCAUGAAGCACAAGGACACAGCCAUAGUCAAAGCCAACAACCGGAACCUCACCCUCAUUCUCCUCAUCUCCCUCCUGCUCUCCUUCAUUUCCGCUUUGCUGUUCAUUGGCCGACCUGAGACAAUGACUUGUCUCCUUCGACAAACUGCUUUUGCCAUCAUCUUCUCAGUGGCAGUUUCCUGUGUGUUGGCCAAAACCAUCAUUGUAGUUCUAGCUUUCAUGGCCACCAAACCUGGGUCCAGCAUGAGGAAAUGGAUCGGGAAGAGACUGGCAUCUCCUAUCGUUCUUUCUUGCUUCCUUGUACAAGUCACUAUUUGUACUGUGUGGCUGACAACGUCUCCCCCAUUCCCAGAUCUUGACAUGCACUCAAUGCCUGAAGUAAUUGUACUGGAGUGUAAUGAAGGGUCAGCCAUCAUGUUCUAUGGUGUCCUGGGAUUUAUGGGAUUCCUGGCCGUUGUUAGCUUCAUGGUGGCCUUCCUAGCCAGGAAGUUACCUGACUGUUUUAACGAAGCCAAAUUUAUCACCUUCAGCAUGUUGGUCUUUUGCAGUGUUUGGUUCACUUUUGUUCCAACCUACCUAAGCACAAAGGGGAAAUACAUGGCGGCUGUAGAGAUUUUCUGCAUUAUAGCCUCUGCUGCCGGCUUACUGGGUUGCAUCUUCUUCCCAAAAUGUUAUGUUAUCAUAGUGAGGCCCCAGCUGAACAGCAAAGAGCAGCUAAGAAGAAGAAAUUGA